UUCAAUGUCACAAUCUUAUUUUCGCUGCACAUUGACCAUUGACUUUCGAUCGAGCCCGUUCCAUGGCCCCUCAUGUCAGACUCUAAGCCAUCUUCGAAUCCCUUGAUCCGAGAUUCUGCAAGUGCUCCUCUCUUGAAAGACAGCAAGCCCAUUACACCUGCGCCUCCCGCCCCGCCUUCAGACUCCUCAACUUCUACCUCUCGUCGUCGGGCCAUCCCUGACCGACCUAGACGUCCAUUCUCAUGGUCUCGCCCGUUCAAAUUCGUCCUGCGUCCUCGAGUGCUCAUCUUUGGCGUCAUGUUGCCCGCGGCGGUCUUGAGCUACUUCGACCCGUUAGGUAUAAAUGCACAGAUCGAGCGCAAGUUUGGGACUACAGCAGUCCAUCCGGAGGGCAGCAGCUCGACAACGGAAGGGGAGCAGGCUAUGCCGAAUCCCUACGCUGGGAUCAGGAGAGCCGGCCGGGGUCCUCAAGAUCGAGCAAAGCAAGAGGAAACAUUGGCUCAAGGGACCAGAUAGGUCAACCCAUCGUUCACCGUUUCUCACAUCGACCCUCUCCGCUCCCAACAAAUCAUCCCACUCAUCAUGUACCAUUACGACGUUUCUCCACUCUGUCCAAAUCCAUCAAAGUACUCGCGUUGGAAUCAUCAGCCGACGACUCUUGCGCUGCCAUCGUCGACUCGGAUCGAAAGAUAUGGUCAAAUAUCAUCAUCAAGCAGCUCGAAUCAAAUGCUAAAUGGGGUGGAAUUCAUCCUCGCGAAGCUCAGCUGGCCCAUUCUGUGAACCUUCCCCAAGCUAUCGCUCGUGUCUUCUCUGAAAGUGGCCUCUCCAUGGACGAUAUCGAUGUCGUUGCGUAUACCCGCGGACCUGGUAUGCCGGGAUGUCUGCAUGUCUGCGGGACCGCCGCAAAGGCUUUGGCUGCCGCGCACUCUAAGCCUAUCCUUGCUGUUCACCAUAUGCAAGCUCACACCCUUACUCCGCUUCUCACCGAAGAUGAUCCUCCUUCCUUCCCGUUCCUUACGCUUCUCGUCUCUGGCGGGCAUACUCAGAUCGUCUUGGCGACGGCAUGGGACGAGUACGAGAUUAUAGCAGAUACGUUGGACUCGCGUGUGGGUAACGCCGUGGAUCGAAUUUCUCGAUACCUACAACUUUCCGCUCGACCAGAUAAAGGCGCUGGAGCCAUACUCGAAGAUUAUGCCGCUUUACCUCCUCUCCCCCCUUACGAUUCUGACCCUAUACCUCCCCUCCCGGUGCCAAUGAUGAAACUCGGCGAGAGUGAUAGGCUUCUAGCAUUCUCAUUCAGUGGCCUGACAAGUCACGCCGAACGGUUGAUAGACGCAUUGACGAGUGACUCCCAAAUUCCUUACUCUCGCGAAGGCGGUAUACCUCUCAAGUCCCCGACUUCGAUUGGGGAGGAUGAUUUCCGACUCCGUGUGGCAAGCUCAAUGGUAGAUGAGGCUACCAAAAGGGAGGUCUCGCGAGUGUUCCAAGACUCCAUCAUGGGUCACAUUGUGCAAAAGAUUGAACUUUGCUUCAAGAUCCAUUCCAUAAAGCUCAGGAGCGUCACUGGAUUAGUCAUGAGUGGUGGUGUUGCGUCCAACCAGCAUCUGAGGUCAAGAGUAUCUGCCCUCUUGGGACGCCUGUCGUCUAAAAGGGGGCGCAUCAAAUUGUACUACCCGCCAAAAGCACUCUGUACAGACAACGCCGCGAUGAUCGCUUGGGCGGGACUCAUCAAGCUCAAAGCGGGAUACACCAAUGACGGCUUUGAACUCUUGACAAGACCCAAAUGGAGCCUUGAAGACUUGUACGAUGGGCAGUGAAUGGCAUGUUUACUCGUUCAAAAGAUCGUACAUUGGUGUCAGGUAUAUAUAUGAUACUUGAACCCGUUCUUGGAGAUGAGAAUAAAAAUUGCUCUCUGAGGAGCCGCUCAAGAACAGCGAAGAGCGAAAAGCUGAGAGGCAGAGAGGCAGAGAGAGCUCGUCAGACGU